UUGUCAUGUCGAUUCAACGGCACAUGAUCUCUUCUUCUACGUUGUAAACUGUUCCAAGUCUAUCGUUCAGAUUGGGAAGAAUUAAUGGAGAAUCUUCGGUAUCAGGUGUAAGUAGCCUACAGUCUCCUGACGAUUUACACAACAAAGACAACAUUUGGGGGUUAAUCCCUGAAGAGAGUUUGUGAGUGCAUGUUGUUGUAAAGCCACCAUGUCAUCUGGCUGUCCACCACAGUCGCCAGCUGUGGCGAAGACAGAGGUGACGCUGGACGGCCCAUGUCCGGUGCUGGCCAGCACCUUCGCCUACUGGGACAAUAUCUUGGGUCCACGUGUGCGCCACAUCUGGGCCCCGAAGCAGGAGGCCCCUGACCCGUCCCUGUUGCUCAGCGACGGCGAGGUCACUUUUUUGGCCAAUCACACGCUGAACGGAGAGAUCCUGCGCAGCGCGGAGAGCGGCGCGGUGGACGUGAAGUUUUUCGUGCUUGCCGAGAAAGGCGUCCUCAUCGUGUCUCUGAUCUUCGACGGAGAGCUAAAGGGAGACAAGAACACUUGUGCCCUGUCCAUUAUCCUACCACAGGCAGAGCUGGGCUUCUACCUGCCCCUGCACAACGUGUGUGUGGAGCGGCUCAAGCACAUCAUACGCAAGGCUCGAAUUUGCAUGCAGAAGGGUUACAACAUCAUCUCUGUUCUGACAUCUGAGAUCAUACCCGUCAUGGAGCUCCUAACGUCCAUGAAAACACACAGUGUACCAGAAGAAGUUGAUAUUAAAGACACUGUGCUAAAUGAUGAUGACAUAGGUGACAGCUGUCAUGAGGAUUUCUUGAAGAAGGCUGUGAGCUCUCACUUGCAGACCUGUGGCUGCUCAAUAGUGGUUGGCAGCAACCCAGAAAAAGUGAAUAAGAUGGUGCUGACACUCUCCCUCUUCCUCACCCCUACCGAGAGAAAAGGUUCUCGCCUUUGCCAAGCCGACAGCUCAUCCUGCAGAUACGACAGCGGUUUGUUUGUGCAGGGCCUUCUGAAGGAUGCCACAGGCAGCUUCGUCCUGCCCUACAGGCAGGUGCUGUACGCACCGUACCCCACCACGCACAUUGACGUGGACAUCAACACGGUGAAGCAGAUGCCGCCAUGCCAUGAGCACACGUAUCACCAGCGCCACUACCAGCGGGCCGAGCUCAGUGCCCUGUGGCGCGCCGCCAGCAAGGAUCUCAUCUCCGCCGACAACCUCACACUGGCGCACGACCAUUUUACUCCUGACUUGAACAUAUUCCAGGAUGUCACGCACAGAGACACACUGGUUAGAUCAUUUAUAGAUGAGGUGUUCCUUCUGAAGCCAGGGCUUCAGCUGCGUACCGUCUAUCUCUCCCACUUCUUGCUGCUGCUCCACAGGAAAGCACUCACACUGCUGCGGUACAUAGAGGAUGAGACUCAGAAGGGCAAGAAACCGUUCCGAUCCCUGAGAAGCCUGAAGACGGACCUGGACCUGACUGUGGAGGGAGACCUGAAUAUCGUCAUGGCGAUGGCAGAAAAACUGAGGGCGGGGCUUCACUCGUUCGUGUUUGGCAAGCCCUUCUAUACCAGUGUGCAGGAACGCGACCUUCUCACGAACUUCUGAGCUCCGUGGACGCACAACAGUUAUAACAUGAUUGUGUUGUCAUAUCAGAGAGACUCCUCCCAUAUGGCUGUCACGUGCUGUUAACGAUGAAUGUGCUGCUGCCUGUCGUGAAAGUUGACGGUGGCAUUGUUUCUAAGGCCAUUAGAGUUGUUGUAUGUGCUUGGUGGUGAUCAGGAGGUUUAAGCUGUAGUUGGCAAACCUGUUGUGGCGCCAUUUUUGUUUGUUUACAUUCUUAUCCCUUUGAAGCCAUUUCUGAUUGAUUUUGCACACGGUCAAGGGUAUGUUGUCCGCUGAACGCUUUAUGGAAUCUCAAGAUGAGAAAUGUUAGGGUUAAACACUGUACUUUUCUUCAGAAUGGCGAUGUGUACAUUCUCAAAAUGUGACAAAAGAGGCAAACAUUAGUUAGCUCACAUACAAAUACUCUUAUCAGUGCUCUGAUGAAGGUCUGAUAAUGUGUAUUUGUAUGCCUGGGAUACUAUACUGAAAUAAUGCAAAAAUACCGUAUCUUCAUGUCUCUACCCUUUCUCAUUCUCCCACUGGAGUUUGGGUUCCACAUGAUCUUACUUUAAGGACUGGUUAAAUUCCAGACUGCAUUACUGUGUUGGUUUGAACAAAAGUUUGAUGCUCCAUUCAUUUACACGUGUUCUUUUGCUGCUUUUUUCCCAUCACUGACUGCCAUAAUGCAUUUAGUUUUAAAGUGAAAUAUUAAUGUGCAAGGUGUUCAGACCGGUAUUCUUUUUUUAACAACCAGAGCGUAUAUUUAAAAGAACUACAAAUCAAAAUAAAAAUUCACAAUAUCUGUUAACAUUAUUUACAUCUCACUGAAAGUGUGGUGCAAAAGAUGGGUGUUGUUCGUGCUUGUCCGAUUAUGUUUAAUGUGUAAUGAAAUAAAAUUACUUAAUUUAA